GGGAAGACAGAUUGGGGUGCUUUGAUAUGUAGGCGACUUGUUGAUGUAUGAACCAGGAUUAUAGAUCUCCGAUGCGUUCUCCGAGGAUUGAUUGUACUGCGGUUUGUAUGAGAUAUACAUAGUAAAGCUUCUUCACUCCUUUGAGCUUGAUAAAGCUUGUUAGACCUAUAGCACUAAUGCAUCAGCAACGGCAAACUUACAGCACUAGUGGCAAAUAAUCUGCUUCCGUUUAUUAAUAAAAUUCGUAUAAAUAUAGGUAUUCGGUAUAUCGUAGGCACUUAUCAUCGGAAUGAGACAUCGUGAGAUGCCAACGCGGGGAAGCGGACACCCCGGAUCGAUAGGCGUGUGGGGAAGGCGGCAAUGCUUCUCCACGUUUCGGUAAUCAUUCCGCCGACUUCUAAGGGCGUAUAUAAGAGAUCGAUAUAGGUAUAUAAAUCUCUAAACCCUAGGUACCCACCGCAUACAUAGGCCGGCUUUCACAUUUAGAAAUAUACUCCGAUAGAGAGCUCCCAUUCCUAGCCACAAGAAAGCUAGGCCUUAGGACGUACGUAGAUAUGGGUGUGGGAAAAGGCGACAGAUCCAUAACCGCAGCCGAAAUAUCCCAACACAACUCCCCCACCGACCUCUGGCUCGUCGUCGACAACAUAGUCUACGACCUAACCCACUUCGCGCCAGAACACCCCGGAGGCACCGCCGUCCUGCUCCAGCACGCCGGCCGCGACGCCACACCCGCGUACACGGAAGUCCACUCGCCAUCACUAAUCAAGACCUCGCUCCCGGCAUCCAGUCGGAUAGGCACACUCGACAGCACCAGCGUAACAGAAAACUGGACUAAACUCCCAGCACAAGCCCCCACGAUGUCGCCACAGAAGCCGCCAGCAAAACCGCCGUUGGAAAGUCUCCUCAACGCGCACGACUUCGAAGUCGCAGCCGAAGCAAGCUUCACUCCUAAAGCAUGGGCCUUCGUCUCCUCCGCCGCAACAGAUUGUCUGACGAAGAACCGCAACGGGUCCGUGUACAACGACAUCAUGCUCCGCCCACGUGUGUUACGUGAUGUAGCAGACAUAGAUCUCAGCACGACGAUGUUAGGCCAGCGGAUUCGGGCGCCGGUAUUCUGCGCGCCGACGUCGAUGGGGCGGAUUUUCCACGCGGAGGGGGAGCGCGAGCUGGGGAGGGGGUGUCAGCGGGUGGGUGUUCCGCAGUGUGUUUCGACGAGCUGCUCGUUUCCGCUUGCGGAGGUUAUGGAUGCUGUUGAGGAGGAGGCGGGGGAGAUGGUUAGGAAUGGGGAGGGGGGAGGGGAAGGGGUGGUUCCGGUGUUUUUUCAGCUGUAUGUUGAUAAGGAUCGCAGGAAGUCGGAGGCGUUGCUGAAGAUGGUGAGGGAGCGUGGCGUUAAGGCUGUGUUUCUGACGAUCGAUGCCCCUGUUAUUGGGAAGAGGGAGGCGGAUGAACGUGUUAAGUCGGAUGAGAAUAUGAAGGCGCCUAUGUCUGGGGCGCAGGCUAAGAAUGAUAAAAAGGGGGGUGCGUUGGGGAGGUUGAUGGGUAAUUUUAUUGACGCGUCUAUGACUUGGGAUGAUAUCGUUUGGUUGCGGAAGCAUACCCCUGGUUUACCCAUCGUGUUGAAGGGUAUCCAGACGUCGAUGGAUGCAGUGAAGGCCAUGGAGAUUGGGGUUGACGCGAUAUAUCUUACGAACCAUGGUGGCAGGAGCUUAGACACGGUCCCUGCGACGAUAUUAGUGUUAUUGGAGCUGCAGAAAUGCUGCCCACAAGUUUUUGAAACGAUGGAGGUGUUUAUCGACGGCGGCAUCACCAGGGGAACUGAUAUUUUUAAGGCGUUAUGUCUGGGUGCUCGGGCGGUAGGAAUUGGUCGAGGAUUUUUAUUUGGCCUAAAUUAUGGAAAGGAGGGGAUUGAACAUUUCGUCAAUAUACUCACGGAUGAGUUGAAAACUACGAUGCAGAUGUGCGGCAUCACUAGCCUUGAUCAAGUUCAUCCCGGAUUACUACAUACAGGCGCUGUCGACCAUCUGGUCCCCGGAUCAGAGGAACCUCCAUAUGCUAAAUGGAGACCCAGGUUAAGGAUCAGUAAACUAUGAAGAAAAAUAAAUAUAAGGGACAAAAAGCCAACGAAAGUACUUUGUACCAUAUACGUACCAUAUACAUAGGUACCUACCUACACAUCAAUUUACGUGCCUGCCUCCUUAAUAGGUAGGUACUUAGGUACCCGGCCUCCGUCCGUCACCUCCUGCUCCGUCAACUUUUAUACAAUAUACAACUCCCGGCAGACGCCCCACACCUCUAUAUAUUCACCUUUUUAACACCAACCGCCUGCACAAUUUUAUUUAAUCCUU